CUAACCACCGCAAAACAAACAUUGUCGAUCCAUGGCGGCCGAGAUGACGGACGGCUAUGUACAAGACGACGCCCCAAAGCCUUCAGACUCGUAUUACAACCUAGGGUCUUUCAAUCGACCUGUAAGCACAAACAACAAAGAAGCCCAGCGAUGGUUUGAUCGUGGUCUGGUUUGGAGCUACGCCUUCAACCAUGAGGAAUCGGCUGAAUGUUUCCGAAAAGCCAUCACCCUGGACCCAAGAUGUGCCAUGGCUUAUUGGGGUCUGGCGUACGCCCUUGGGCCCAACUACAACAAGCCAUGGGAGUUCUUUGACGGAGAGGAGCUCGAAUCCACCGUGACUCGGACACAUGAUGCUGUUCAGAAGGCGAAGGCGGAAGCCGUCAAUGCCACGGCGGUCGAGAAGGCCCUGGUUGAUGCGCUCGAAUUCCGAUACCCUCGAGCACAAGCAGCUGCUGAUUGCUCCAUCUGGAAUGAACCUUACGCGGAUGCCAUGCGAUCGGUGUACGAAGCAUUCCCUGACGACCUAGAUGUCGCAACGCUCUACGCUGACGCCCUGAUGAAUCUCACACCUUGGAGACUCUGGGAUUUGUCCACUGGACAGCCAGCCACUGGAGCGAAGACGAUAGAAGUAAAGUCCGUCCUCGAUCACGCCUUAGCUCUGAAGGGCGGGCUCCAGCAUCCCGGCGUAUUACACCUUUACAUACAUCUGAUGGAAAUGUCCAGCAGCCCCGAGCUUGCUAUGCCUAUAGCAGACCAUUUGAGAGGCCUGAUACCUGAUGCUGGCCACCUGCACCAUAUGCCUACCCACCUCGACAUACUUUGCGGUGACUACCGGCGUGCGAUCGCUUCGAAUACGGACGCAAUCCGCGCGGACGAGAGGUUUUUGGCUCGCGCGGGUCCGCUGAACUUCUACACUCUCUAUCGAUGCCACAAUUAUCAUUUUCGCCUCUACGCUGCAAUGUUUGCUGGCCAGUCAAAAAUCGCAUUGCAGACUGCCGACUGGAUCGAAGCAACAGCCCAGAAGACCUCCUUCGCGUCAAGUCACCGCCAAUGGCCGACUGGCUCGAGGCCUUCCAUGGGAUGCGUGUGCACGCCCUCAUUCGCUUUGGCCUGUGGCAAGAAAUUCUUGACCUGCCUCUGCCCAAAGACCAAGAGCUUUACUGCGUUACGACGGCUUUGAUACACUAUGCAAAAGGCGUCGCACUGGCAGCUACGGGAAAGGUAGAGGAAGCGGAGAAGCAACGCACCAUCUUCAAUGAAGCAGUGUCGCGGGUGAAGUCAACACGAACCCUUUUCAACAACAACUGCCUUGACAUUCUUGCAAUUGCCCGGUCAAUGUUAGAUGGUGAAGUGGAGUAUCGCCGGCGCAACUUCGACGCAGCAUUUGAACAUCUUCGUAAAGCCAUUGCUCUCGAUGAUGCCCUUCCGUAUGACGAGCCUUGGGGAUGGAUGCAACCGCCUCGACAUGCUUAUGGUGCUCUUCUUUUGGAACAAGGCCAUACCGAGCUGGCCACAGCAGUUUACAGUGCCGACCUGGGAUUCGACGACACGCUUCCUCGAGCUCUUCGCCACCCAAACAAUGUUUGGGCACUCCGUGGAUACUUCGAAUGUCUGAUGAAGCUGGGUCGUAUCGCGGAAGCUCGGCUUAUUAGGCCCCAGCUAGCGCAUGCCACGGCCAUGGCAGAUAUACCCAUCAAGUUUUCAUGCUUCUGCCGGACAGACCAUGCUAAUCGGGUCAUACAAGAGCCUUCUGCAUGAUGAGGCCACGAAAUCGGCCAUAUUUUCAGCCAGUUCGCCUUCUUCUUGCCCUUUUUUUUUUCUCUCGAAGAUUGAGUUGCCCCGGGACGCGGCAAAGAGAGAUCGUACGGCAAACAUCGUACGCUCCCAAUGGUCGCUUCUAGCCCUGUUAAGAUGCUCAUUGACGCUGUGGAUUGAUCUCUCCAUCUGAGCCAAAAAGGAGAUAGCAUUCGAAUUCGAUAUAUUUACGGAGUGCCGAGGGUAAAUGCUUGCGAACGAGUUCCCUCUGUUUGCACCGGAAUACAAUUCUCCACUCAUCUCAACAUGCUCUAUGAUCCCAAGUGUCAGACUUGUCUUUAGUUCCUCGGCCACCCAAAUCGAGGUCUUGGACUAUUCACGGAGCCCUCUUGGUUGUUUGGGCUUGCGAUCUAACAUCUUACCCGCGGCUCUUUCCGCUACAAUCGAAUUGCUUCGAAGGCUUGACUGGACCAAGACAGGAAGCUACAUGCCAGGCAAGCUCUGCACUGUCGCAUCGACAACCCCAGGCCUCACCUUGUCGGUCUCGGUUAGUACUUUGGUGAGUACCUAACUUGAGCAAUGCCAUGCCUCGAGUAUCGUGAUAGAUUCAAGGCCACUGGGAACACCAUGCCUCACGCACUCCUGAGGAAUAUGGUGUCCAAGACUCGGCGGCGACGGGAAGUGUUUGUGCAGCCUGAUUCGACUCUUGCCAAGGACAAAGGAAUUUCCUGUAGGGAGUGCUUCGAUAAGAACUAUGGUUAUGACAUCUGCGCCUUCUUUUGCUC